CAUAUUCAGGGUUCAGAUGUCUUCAUGUAGCUGCAAUGUUGUUAGAUAAUAACUGUAUUAAUAUGUAAACUUAUUUUGGCCGCAAAGUCAAAAUGAGCCAGACGUUAUCAGACUAUGGUGAGUGUUUUUCACUCAGAUAAACACGACGUACAUCGACACAAAGCGACGUUUAUGAGAACAGGUCACCUCCCCCUUUCCUCCCUACGUCUUAUCGUCCCCCCUCUGCAGCUCGUGUCUGCGGUUCUGUGGCAGAUAGUACAGCAGGGGGCCGUCAUGUACUACGGGCUGCUGGACGACUUCGUCACCACAGUGUUGGACACAGUCCCCGAGCUGCUCACUUACUCAGAGAGAGUCCAACUAGUUAUUGGCUUACGAGCAAGGGUGGUGCUAGAGAUGUGCCGCAAUGAUGGUUUCUCCAGUACACAGACUAUCCAGCCGCAUUUGAGCAGGAUAAAUACCUACAUUAUGAAACAGGAUAAAGAGGCUCCCAGUUCUGAGAUGAAAGCAUCAGUGACAAACUUCUUGAUGCUUGUUAACACUCUUGUGGGUGACCCAUGCCAGAGGCAGAUGUUUUAUCAGAAAAUCUUCCCAACUGUGUUUGGCCUCAAAUAUGACGCAGCUCUUCAGGCUCUAAUGAGAAAAUUCCUCCUCACUCUACAGAAGCUGUUGCCUGUUCCAAACCUCGAACAAACUUCCCUUUGGCUAAGUCUCUCCCCUACGAUCUUGAAAGAGUGUGUGGAGCUCAUGAAUCAGCCUGAACCUCUAAAUAAACUCAUUCAGCAUCACAGUUGUCAUGGCCACGAGGUUGCACAAGUUUCUCCCUGUGUUGACGAUUGCAUCAUUUCCAGCCUUUCCUACGAACCACCAAGCCUAGAAACUGAUGAAGACGCAGUCAAGUAUGGAUCCAUGUGUGUUGCAUCAGACUGCCAUACGGAAAACUCACUUGUCACUGAGUCUGAAAAUGAUGAAGAGAAAUAUUCUGUGAUAAAUCCAGAAAUGAAAAGGAAUGCACAAAGAAAAGGGCAACAGCAAGUUGAAGAUUUGACAGAAGAUCAAGGAGCCUCUAUUGAAGUUAUACUUCCUUUUGAUGAAAGUGAGUCUACUGAUGAGGAUAUGAACAAAGAAUGGCAUUACAGUUUGCAAACUGGUGGUAGGACAUCAUCAAAAUCCUUCAAGUGUUUUGUUUGUGGGCAGAUUUUUGGUUCCCUAAGAAAACUUAAGAGGCACAGUGUCAGUCAAAGUGUGUGCUCUUCAAGUUCUGUUAGCCAGAAUACUUUUUGUGAGAGGAUAAGCUUGCAACCAAAAUCUAAGUCUAAUAGUACUGAAAUUACUGCCUCUAAAAGUGACAAUGAGCUUCUAUCACUGGCAACAGAUAACCUGUCAAAACAGAGGAGUCUUCCAAGCUUGGAGAAGUCUCGUAAUGACUACAGGCUUGUAUGCCGUGUCUGUGGCCAAGUUUUCACUUACCCAAAGAAUUUUGACAAGCACCAGAAGGUUUGUGCAGAGAGUAGUAAACAAGAGAGGCAGACAGAGCCACAGUGUUCCACAGACUUAUCUCAUCUUGCCAAACCAGACCCAGGUAACAAGACUGCAGAGUCUGAAACUGGACCUUCAGGUGCACGCCAGGAAUCAAUAUCUUCUGACUCAUCAGAAGAGCAAAUGUGUAAAAGAAGCAGCCGUGUCAAGGCCUGCUCUAUUUGUGGGACAUUUUUUACGUGUUCUAUAGACUUGACCAAGCACAUGAGAUGUCACACUGAACAGAGUCCUUACCUUUGUCUUUAUUGCGGAAAAGAGUUUGACAGCUACGAAGACUACGAGACACAUCAGGAAGGUACAUGCAGGGUUUCAAGUGCACAUCUACUCGCUCAGGAGUCAUCCUUCAACAGCAGAAUGAAAAAGAACCCAAAGGAUACAGUUGUUUCUAGUGGUGAAAGUGUCCCAACAACCUCAGAUGCUGCCACCAACUUGCAGUCUCUGCAGAUGUGUAAAUUGCCAAUGACGUGUCAAGAGUGCGGUCAAGGAUUUACUUACUACAAGAGUUUUGAGAAGCACCAGAGCAAGUGUUUCAAAAGGCCUCCUCGAAAAAUAAAGCGAAAAACAAAUCAGUUUGUUAUCAAAUCUUGUAAUAUCCAAUCAGCUGAAAAUGCCAGUGAAAUUCCUGCUGAAAUAGGUUCUGGUACCAGGGAAAGUGAAACUGUUACAUCUCUUACUGGUGGACACCUUGAAGAUAGCACCCCAGUCAUGAAGUGUCCCUUAUGUGAGAAGAACUUUUCAAAAAUUGUCCUCAUGAAACAACACUAUUCUAAGUCACAUAAAGUUAGAGGUCCAUACCCGUGUCCCAUAUGUAAGAUAAAUUUUGUGAGGUUGUGUGAACUGGUACGGCAUCAACAUAAAAAGACAUUAUACCAGUGCACUGCAUGUAAGAGAUGUUACACAAAGCCAGGGUUACUGAGCGAUCACGAAAAGGUUCACACGGCUGAUGUAACACCACGAAUUUGCGAAACAUGCGGGAAAAGCUUCAUGUCUCUCGCCCAUCUGAUUCAGCACCAGAGCAGGCAUAAAGAACGACAGCCAUGUGUCUGUUCCCACUGCGGGAAACAGUUCAGUACAAAAAACUGCCUGAGUGCGCAUAUGGUGAGGCACACAGGUGGUUACCCUUGUCCCCUGUGCGGGAAGAAAUUCUUUCAGAAAACAUACCUUAAAUGGCAUCUUUAUAAACACACAGGGCAAGAGCCAUACCUGUGUGAUACAUGUGGGAAAGGCUGGCCAAGUGUAGCUCAGCUCAAGAUUCACAUGAUCCAACACACAGAGGAAAGGCCGUUCAAGUGCGAGGAAUGCGAUGCAUGUUACAAAAGGCAAUCGCAUCUUAUGGCUCACCGCAGAGCCAAGCACAUCAGGUCGCGACCAUUUAUGUGUGAAGUCUGCAGCAAAACCUUCAGAUUAAACGGUGAGUUGAAAAAACACAUGAUGGUCCAUACGGGUGAACGGCCAUACACGUGUCCCAGAUGCAGCAAAACCUUUACAAGAAAGACACGCCUCAGGGAACACAGAGAAAAGGCAUGUCUGUAAACACCUGUCAAACAACAAUGUAUGUUACUACAGUUACUGAAGUAUCACGCACUGAGAAUAAAAUCUGACUUUCCAUCUGAGGUUGCGCUUUUACUAAAUUAAAUUAAAUCAGGGGUGCCAAACUCAUUUUCGUUCAGGGGCCACAUUAAUCCAAACUUGAUCUGAAGUGGGCUGGACCAGUGAAAUAAUAACAUCAUAAUAUAUAAAUAAUUUCA